GGAGGAGGAAGAAAGGGAGGUAGAAGAAGUGGGGGAAGAUGGGAGAAGUGAAGGCCGGAAGCCGGCCGCCAUGGGUGGGGUUGGCGGCGGCGGUGUGGGUGCAGGUGGCUGCCGGAACUGCCUACACCUUCCCCCUCUACUCGCCGUCCCUCAAAUCCGUGCUGGGCUAUAGCCAGCAGCAGCUCACUAUGCUCGGCGUGGCCAACGACAUCGGCGAGAACUUCGGCCUGGUCGCUGGCUUCGCCAGCAGUCGCUUCCGGCCCUGGGUCGUGCUGCUCGCCGGCGCCGCCUGCUGCUUUCUCGGCUUCGGCGUUCUCUGGCUCGCCGUCACCCAGACCGUCUCCGGGUUGCCCUUCUGGGUCCUGUGGAUUGCCCUUUGUAUUGGUACCAACAGCAGUGCAUGGCUGGUCACGGCUGUGCUGGUCACCAACAUGCGGAACUUCCCCCUCAGCAGAGGCACAGUCUCCGGCAUCCUCAAAGGCUAUGUCGGCCUUAGUGCUUCGGUGUUCACUGGGUUGUACACCGGCAUGCUUCGCAGCUCAUCGACAAACCUGCUGCUGUUCCUGGCCAUCGGACUGCCUGUUAUGUGCCUCGCUAUGAUGUACUUUGUCCGCCCUUGCACACCAUCUCUUGCAGAGGACUCGUCGGAGCGGUGCCAUUUCCUGUUCACUCAAGUUUCCAGCAUACUUCUUGGUCUCUACCUUCUUGCUUUCACCAUUGUCAGCAAUCAUGUUCAACUGAGUGAUGGCAUUACCAGUGUUCUCUUCGGUGUCAUGGUUCUCUUCCUCCUGGCUCCACUUGCCAUCCCAAUUAAGAUGACUUUUUUCCGGACCAAGCCUAAACACACUAGUAGUUCUUCAGAAGAUAAGGCAGAACCUUUGUUGGCUUCGUCGUCGACGACAAACAAUUUGGAGAAGUUGCAGGAGCCUGAUGAUGGUUCUGAUGUGAACAUGCUCCUGGCUGUAGGGGAAGGAGCAGUAAAGAAGAAGAGGAAGCCCAAGAGAGGAGAUGACUUCGAGUUGGAAGAAGCUUUGGUGAAAGCUGAUUUCUGGCUUCUAUUUGCGGCCUUCUUCAUUGGUGCUGGCUCAGGUGUCACUGUUCUGAAUAACUUGGCACAGAUUGGGGCUGCAGCUGGAAUCGAUGAUCCUACCAUCUUACUCUGCCUCUUCAGCUUUGGCAAUUUUCUUGGUCGCCUCGGUGGAGGUGCUGUUUCCGAGUAUUUCGUCAGGACGAGAAUGCUUCCUCGGCCGAUCUGGAUGACAUGCACACAGAUGAUCAUGAUCAUAGCCUACCUUUUAUAUGCCCUGGGUCUCAGCAGCACUCUCAAUGCCUCAACUGCCAUGCUCGGCAUCUGCUAUGGGGUCCAAACUUCCAUCAUGGUUCCGACCGUGUCUGAGCUCUUCGGGCUGAAGCAUUUCGGGACCUUCUUCAACUUCAUGCUGCUCGGGAAUCCUCUUGGUGCAUUCUUGUUCUCAGGUCUUCUUGCAGGGUACUUGUAUGACAAAGAAGCAGCAGAGCAGCAACUGGGCUUCCUCCACCAUUCAAACACUUCUUGCUUUGGGCCAAGCUGCUUCAGGCUCACAUUCUUCAUUCUUGCAGGGGUGUGCAGCCUGGGAACCUUGUUGACCAUAAUAUUGACAGUGAGAAUAAGACCAGUGUAUCAGAUGCUGUAUGCAGGUGGGUCAUUCAGGCAACCCCAAACUACACAUCACUGAUGAUAUCAUGUUGUUGUUGUUUCUGUUGUUCUGCCACCUUCUUGAUUCAGUGCCUGCUCAGCUGUUGGGAGUCUUUUAUGUCCUCAAAACUUCACAGAGAUUGUGGGUUUGUAAGAAUUGUAGUGUCAUCUGAGAGAGAUGUGACAGUGUUGUGUAAUGAUCGUAUGGUGUUUUAUCUGUCAAGGAUAAUUCUAAUGGUGUGUUGGGUGUGGAUGUCUUUGGAUGGUGUGAGAUGAGAAAUUAACUAUAAAGAUCAUACAGCUUCCAUCUA